AUGGCUAAACCAAUUGUCCUCCAGCUCGGCGACGACAUAAAAUGGAACCAUGAUCUUCACAGCACCUUCAAAUCCCACUUCGACAUUAAGCGGUCGCACAGCAUGCCUCGCGCUGAAUUCAUCCAAGCUCUAAAGAACAAGACCUUUGGCGAUUUUUUCGCCAUCUACAGACCGUUCUGGAACACGGGCGGCGAAAUGGGCAAUUGGGACGAGGAAUUGAUCUCUCUACUGCCUGCAUCUUGCAAGAUCUAUGCCAGUGCUGGAGCUGGCUUUGACUGGGUUGAUACUGCGACGCUUGCCAAGAGAGGCAUCACAUAUUGUAACGCCGCAGCUGCUUGCACAGAAUCUGUCGCAGACGCCGCAAUCUGGCUCAUCAUCUCCGUCUUCCGGCAACUAAGCUGGUCCAGCAUCGCUGCCCGCUCCGGCUCAAGCGAGCAAUUCCUAGACGCUCAACGCAACCUCGCCCCUGUAUCUCGCAACCCUCGCGGCUUCAGUCUUGGCAUUAUUGGCUUCGGUCGAAUUGGUCAACGCAUUGCAGAAAAAGCUUACAAGGCACUUGAUAUGAAGAUUCUCUACAAUGACGUGGUCCAAAUGCCCAAAGCAAUCGAAGAACCCGUUGGAGCCGUCUAUCACAAAUCUGCAGAUACCCUCCUCGCGGAAGCAGACUGCGUCCUUGUCGCGACGCCCUUUGCAGGCGAGGCGCUACUCAACAAGCAGGGUCUGGCAAAGAUGAAGAAGGGCGCCAAGUUGGUCAACAUCGCGCGUGGAAAACUCAUCAACGAGGCAGACCUUGUAGAAGCUCUUCAGAGUGGACAUCUCUCAGGUGCGGGACUUGAUGUUUUUGAGCACGAGCCUGUCAUCAGCCCUGAGCUGAUCAAGAUGAAGAACGUGGAGCUAUUGUCGCAUAAUGCGGGUGCAUCCCUGGAUUCACAUGUUGGAUUUGAGAAGUUGGGUAUGGAGAAUAUUCUCUCUUUUCAUCAGACGGGCAAGGCUAUUUCGCCCGUUAACGCUCAUUUAAUCAAGCAGAGCAAGUUGUAG